ACUCGGACGCGCCGCGACCCUUCCGUUUCUUUUCUUUCUUUUCCCCAACUCGCCGCCCCGCCGCCACCAGCAACGGGGUCCACAUCGCGGCAGCAUCUCACCCCCCAGGCUCCUGCUGUUCCAUGGCGGACGGAGACGGCGCGGCGGCGUCGGGAAAGCUCACGGAGCACUCCGCCAGCGGCGCCGAGAAGGGGCUCCCCAGGAGGGGCAAGUCUCUUUCCGGAAGGACAUUAAACACUGCACAGAUUCCGCUUGUCGCAAGCCAUCCAGAGGUGUAUGAGCCAUGUGAUGAUUCCUUUGCCCUUGUUGAUGCACUGCUCUCAGACAAAGCACAACUUUUGACGCUGCAGCCAAGGUUAUGUAUGGAGGUAGGGUGCGGGAGUGGUUAUGUCAUCACCUCUCUUGCAAUCAUGCUCAGGCAAUUAGCCUCUGGAACCCAGUACCUAGCAACUGAUAUCAACAAACACGCUGCCGAGACAACUCAAGCAACCCUUGAAGCCCAUGGCGUGCAUGCGGAUGUGAUUGUUACUGAUAUCGUGUCUGGUCUUGAGAAACAUCUAGCUGGUAUGGUUGAUGUGGUAGUUAUUAACCCUCCUUAUGUGCCAACUCCAGAGGAAGAAAUUAGAUGCAAGGGCAUUGCUUCGUCUUGGGCUGGAGGGUUGAAUGGGCGCCAGGUGAUAGACAGGAUCCUUCCUGCUGUGCGAGAGAUCCUAUCAGAAAGAGGGUGGCUGUACAUGGUGGCCCUCGAAGAUAAUGAUCCUUUGGACAUAUGUCAUCUGAUGAGCGAGAUGGGGUAUGCAUCACGCGUUGUCUUGAAAAGAUGUACUGAGGAGGAGAGCCUUUUUGUUCUCAAGUUUUGGCGAGAUCCGCAUACUGGUACAAGUGCGUCCCCUAAAUCUCCUAAAUCUGAGUCUUGGUUCUCUCAGUUGCCUUUCAAAUCCCUUUGGCACAAGGGUUCAUAGCAGUUCAUGGCCUCGUCAGUUUGGAGUCUUCAGUUCUGAAAAAAGAUCAAGAAAUCCUUUGCAAAUUGUGUUUGGAUGAAAUGUAACAGUUGAUUUCUGACUUGCCAUGGACACUCAGAGUACAAGAAUCAGCCCAACCUGAUUGGUUGAAGGUGUGAACCAAACAGGUUUAGACCAGAAAGUAUUGAACCUUUUUAUUUUGGUAGCUUAAAUUGUUAUUUUGUGUUCUCGUUGUGUGUGUAUAUAUUGUACUAUUGAAUCCUAUCGCGCUGCAUUUGGAUUCCGUGUUUUGAUAUGGAUCUGUUGCUUUGAGAGUUCGAUUAUUUGAAUAUGAGAGGAAAUAAUACUUUUCUUGUGCCCUGUA